AUGCAGCCUCAUCGCCGCAUCCAGCCAGACAAGUUCAGCCACGACGCGGUUCUCAGCGAGCCGCUCUUCUUCAGGCACCUCACGGACGCCGGCGGGAAGCCUCUUGCCUGGGAGGACUGGGCCGGGCUAGACCUUGUCAGGAUCAGUUAUCUUUGCCACCUGUCGAGCGGCCCGGAGCACCAGCACAGCGCCAUCCGCCAUCGCCUGCCGACUCUUCUCGCCGCUCUGCCAGCGUCCUGGAGGCAGCUCUUUCAGUCCCAUCCAGCAGCGGCCCUGUGGCAGGCGUAUCCUGAUCCGCCGGCGUUGGUGCAGCACUGGCACAUCACUUGGCUCUGGCACCCGCGCACUUGGAAGCGCCAGCAGCCUGGAGCACAGGAGCAAGAGGAGGACGCUCUGGUGCCCCUGGCCGCAGCACCCACGCUGUGCUCCACAGGAUCAGCAAGUGUACUCGACCCGCUGCGGCCGGCCAUCUUGGCCGAUACCACGGACGAUCAGCGCAACGGUCUUGAGGCACGCCGGCAGUCCAGAGCAGCGGCAACGGGCACAGGGACUGGGGUCCUGGAAAAGCGGCCCUGGGGGGAGCCCGACCCCUCCUCCUACGCAGCAUGGAUGCGCCCGUUGCGGCAGCGACCAGCUCCGUGGCGGGACGGGGCGGGAUCGCCAGGGGAGCCCGCGCUGCCUCGCAGCCCAGACCUGCUGCUGGCAGAUGACACUAGGGUGUCGGAGCCGCCGCGGCAACUCAGGCCUCUCUGGCAGCGCCUCCGCUUAGGAAGGCUCUCCUGGCCGAUUUUGCGACUUGCCUCCACCAACAUACGGCUGUCAGCGGGCGUGCUCAGCGACUGGCUCCGGGGACGCGACCCCACACUCAGCCGGGAAGAAGAGUCCACAGCGCACUGGUGCCACCGCAGAGUCCUCUGA